UAAAAAAAUGAAUAAAAAAAUAUAUUUAAAAAAUUUUACAGCAUUUUUGUUUUGUGUUGUACUUGAUCUUAAUAAAAAAAAAAAAACAGUUUAUUAAAAUGAGUUCCACUGAAGAAACUAGUAGCCAAGCUACCACACCACAAGAAGCACCCGAAGAUCAGUCCAAUGCCCGUGAAUUGGAAAAAAUUGAAGAAGAGAAACUAAAAUCAAAAUAUCCAGUAGGACUGAGGGGCCCUGGUGGUCAUACCGCUUUCUUGCAAAAGAGAUUACAAAAAGGGCAAAAAUAUUUCGAUUCUGGUGAUUAUCAAAUGGCCAAACAAAAAGGUGGUGGUGUUAAGCAGGUCUUUGCCAAUAAAGUAACAACCGGAGAAGCCAUACCCACACCUGAAACAGUGCCUGCGCGUAAAACUUCAAUUAUACAACCCUGUAAUAAAUUUCCAGCGACGAGUUAAGUUGUUAAUUUUUAUCCUUUUCUCUGAAAACAAAAACUAACUACUUUACUCACACUUCUACUAAUAAUUAUUAUAAAAAAAGAAAAGAAA